GCCAGCAUGGGCAAUCUUCUUUAUAGUGUUAGGAACUAGUUUGUUGCUGUGGAAGCCACAUUCUGGGUUGAGGAGUGGAAAGGUAACCAUUUGUUUUUAGUUUCAAAGAUCUGCUCAAAAGAUAGACUAUUGCUCUUCUUCUGGAAAAGCCUGAUUGGUAGGAUUCCUCCAAGGUCUCAGCCCAAAGUGCUUUAUCCCAUCCCCUCACCAAAUUCAAAACUGAAGCUUGCCAAGAACCGCUGGAGGAAAACCUGCUGGGUUCCAUCAUUUCACACAAUGGUUAAUUCUGGAGGUGGUGCUGUUUGCAAUGGGAAUCUUCACAAUCAUAAAAAACAGAGUGACGGCUCGCAAAGUGGAAACUGCAGCAAGAAUGGGAUAGUGAAAGAAGCCCAGCAAAAUGGGAAACCACAUUUUAAUGAUAAGCCAAUUGUUGAAUCCUUUGAGGAAGCACCUCUUCAUGUUAUGGUUUUCACUUAUAUGGGAUAUGGAAUUGGAACACUAUUUGGCUAUCUCAGAGACUUUUUGAGAAACUGGGGAAUAGAAAAAUGCAACGCAGCUGUAGAGCGAGAAGAACAAAAAGAUUUUGUGCCGCUGUAUCAAAACUUUGAGAAUUUUUAUACCCGGAACCUUUACAUGAGAAUCAGAGACAACUGGAACCGACCCAUUUGCAGUGCCCCAGGGGCUCUGUUCGACGUGAUGGAGAGGGUGUCGGAUGACUACAACUGGACAUUUAGGUUUACUGGAAGAAUCAUCAAAGAUGUCAUCAACAUGGGCUCCUAUAACUUUCUUGGCCUGGCAGCCAGGUAUGAUGAAUCUAUGAGGACAGUGAAGGAUGUUUUAGAGGCAUAUGGCGUAGGUGUGGCCAGUACCAGACAUGAAAUGGGAACCUUAGAUAAGCAUAAAGAAUUGGAGGACCUUGUAGCUAAGUUCCUGAAUGUAGAUGCAGCCAUGGUCUUUGGGAUGGGAUUUGCAACCAACUCAAUGAAUAUCCCUGCACUAGUUGGAAAGGGAUGCCUCAUUUUAAGUGAUGAGUUAAACCAUGCAUCUCUUGUGCUUGGGGCCCGACUCUCAGGUGCAACCAUAAGGAUCUUCAAACACAACAACAUGCAAAGCCUAGAAAAGCUCCUGAGAGAUGCUGUAAUCUAUGGCCAGCCUCGAACCCGCAGAGCUUGGAAAAAGAUUCUCAUCCUGGUAGAGGGCAUCUACAGCAUGGAAGGUUCCAUCGUGCAUCUGCCCCAGAUCGUGGCUCUAAAGAAGAAAUACAAGGCUUACCUCUACAUAGAUGAAGCUCACAGUAUUGGGUCCGUGGGCCCAACCGGCCGGGGUGUAGUGGAAUUCUUUGGAAUGGACCCUCGAGAUGUCGAUGUGUUGAUGGGCACAUUCACCAAAAGCUUUGGAGCCUCAGGAGGUUACAUAGCUGGAAGGAAGGACCUUGUGGAUUAUUUACGGGUACACUCACAUAGUGCUGCUUAUGCUACGUCUAUGAGCCCCCCGAUAGCAGAGCAAAUAAUCAGAUCAAUGAAAUUCAUCAUGGGACUGGAUGGGACCAUGCAAGGGUUGCAGAGAGUACGGCAACUUGCAAAAAACACAAGAUACUUCAGACAGAGACUGAAUGAAAUGGGAUUCAUUAUCUAUGGCAAUGAGGAAUCUCCUGUUGUUCCCCUGCUCCUUUAUAUGCCUGGUAAAGUAGCGGCUUUUGCAAGGCAUCUAUUGAACAGAAAAAUUGGCGUGGUGGUUGUUGGAUUUCCAGCUACUCCCCUCGCAGAAGCUCGGGCGCGGUUCUGUGUUUCAGCAGCACACACCCGGGAGAUGUUAGACAUGGUUUUGGAAGCCCUGGAUGAGAUGGGUGAGCUACUGCAACUGAAAUAUUCCCGGCACAGGAAGUCAACGCGCCCUGAACUCUAUGACGAGACAAGCUUUGAACUUGACGAUUAAGUUUCCUGAUCCUGAAUGGAACCUAAAGACUUUGCCAGAAAGACCUCUUUCCUUGCCUCAGAAGGGAUAUAAAUGGAUUUCUCUCCCUUUCUAAGGAUAAUUUUGGAUUCCAUACCAGCUUAAUUGAACUGAGGGAGACGUGUUUUUAAUGUCUCCAACUCAGGACUGCAGAGACAAAAACAUGGUUUCAGAUUUUGUUUCUCUCCCAAGUAUCCUGCUAUAAACACACACAUACACUUCUUAGAAUAUUAUUAAUGGCAAUGAGCCUGUGUUUUAGCUGCUACCGUGCAACCUCUUUGGUCCAUACCCUAUCAAGAGUUCCAACCUAAUGAGAGGGUUUUGAUUUUUAAUUCAGUAGAUCUCUCUACGUGUUUACUUAUUCCAUCUGCAGACAUGGGUAAGGGUGGUGGGCAGUAGCCGACCUUGUUCCAUGCAUGAAAGCAGCAGCUAGAACUCAUUGGUAUCAUGGGAAGUUCCAGGCAAGAAAGUAAAGAAAUGUUGCUUCUACCAUUUGUCACAUUUGGACUUUUUCCAAGGACAAGUGUCAAAAGCCAUAGUUAAUGUUUCAAGGGAGAGAACAAAACUGGCCAGGAGCAACUGGAGACGUCUUUGAAGGAAACUUUCCUUUUCCUCUUGCUGGUCUCCUACAGUUUUACAGCUGAGCUUUUGAGGUUUGGAAAAUUCAAGACGUUUGUUUCAUAAGGAAGGGGGCAGACAGCAAUCACAAGCCAAUUUCAGGCCUAGACUAAAACCGUAAAGUUAUAACAACUUGAACAUUUUUGGUACCAUGGGGAGUGAAUGAAUGUUUAGCAUGCAUAGCCUUUAUGACUUUAAGGAACGAGUUGUCAUUUUCCUAUUGAAUUUUGAGUAAAUGGUGAGAUUCAAUUUCCUUUAGACUUGACUCCCAGGACUACACUUGAAGAAUGUAUUGAUUCAAAAACAGCAUUUAAAAGCAAAUUCUAUUCAACUUUUUUCAAGACUGACACCCCCAUUUAGACUUAUUAAUAUUAAGUAGUACUGUCAUCUGGCACAUGCACUUCAAUUUGAUGCAAAGUGGGCUUGCACACUAUUAGCAACUAACUUUAACUUACCUCAGUUCUCUCUCUCUCUUCCUCUCUCUCUCUCUCUCUCUCUCUCUCUCUCUCUCUCUCUCUCUCUCUCUCUGAACACAUACUUCUCUAGAAUAGUACCCCUUUGCUAAUUGGAUCUAGUUGGUAUGGAAAAAGCCAGUGGAAAACCUUAUCUUUAACAAGCUCCCAGAUGGUGCCCAGAUUUGGAAACUCUACAGAGCAGUGGUGACCUUUUAGCAAAGCUUCUGUAAUAGUUUGAAUGAGUUACAGAACAUUCCACUCCAUCAAAUGACACUAUAAACAAAUCACUUCAAGAGAGGUUUGACUUGGUGUGACACAGAUGGACCCAAGCUUUCAUGCUGUGCACUGAGAUAGAAACUCAACCCAAAGCACCAGUGUUGGAUGGAGCAAUAUGCCCUGAUGCUCAAAGCUUAUUAAAGGAUAAAGGUGAUCUGCAUGGAAAGCUUUGAUGGGAAAAUUAUAACCCCCAGUAGGUACAAUAGUUUAAAAGUGGAUAAUGAAUGUUUUUGAGUACUAUUAGCAGAAGAGGAGAAAAUUUCCUCAUGAACAUUUUUAAGUGCUGUAAAUUUCCUCAUGAAUGUUUUUAUGUACUAUUAGCAGAAAGGAGAGAAAGUGGAUUCUGAAAAUGUGGUUGCCCCAUUCUAUGACUGAUUUUGAUAAACUAAAUUCCAAUUCUUCUCAACAAACUGGUACAGCACUACUUUUGUGAAGAAAACAUAUGUUGUAUAAAUGUGCAAAGAAAAGGAAGACACGUAGGUUUUUUCUCUUGAAAAUGUGCAUUUAAUUGAAAUUUACCCUCGUUAAUUGUCCAAAAUGCAUGUCCUCAGCCCUGUAAAAGAAACAAGACACAAAGAGGGCAGUAGAACGGCUGGACCUUCCCUAAAGUACAGCAGGCAAUAAACAUCCCCUUCCAUUCUGAAUGUCUGUGAUCUUCACACUCACCCUUUGAGUUUUAAGCCUCCAGAGGGGUGUCUUUGGGAGCAGGAAUCUAUCAUUGUUCCUUUCAUGGAGUAUCUUGAGUCUAAUUUGUGAUAGGAAACUAAUCACUUAGCCACCUGGCAUGUGAGGCAGUGAGGAGGUUACUCUCUCUUCACCAAGAUCCAAGAGUCCUGGGGCAAUUUAUUACUUUCUGGUGUACAAGAUAAAACAUUUAUCUCUGUCCAAGAGCCUAUGUUGAAUAAACACUUAUGAGAACAACUGUAAUCCAAGUGGAAUGCUUUCUGAGCACAUUAGGAGGGACCCAAGUCCAGGGGGCUGGUAUUUUGAGUAUAUAUUACAUGUCAUAGAGCAUGAGGUUGGUUAAGUGAGUGGUUAUGAAUACUUAGGAUUUUUCAUUUUUAUAAGAAAAAUUCUUCUACUGCUAGGUGAAGACCAUGAUUGCAAUUCAAUAGGGAUUACUUACUGAGUGUCAAUAACUACAGCAGAGCCAAAAAAUGUAAUUUACGCUGGUUUUAUUGAGAAAGAUAAUUUUCUAACAACUAUAAUUUUAUGUACCCCAAGCCUCCAAUUUGCAAACAUACACACACACACACACACACACACACACACACACAUUUUCCUUUACAGAGAAAAUAAGAGUAUAAAGGUAGAGCGAUGAGAAUCUGAUUGGUAGAUAGA